UUAUACUCUGACUAUCUCUUCUUUGGGAUCACUAAUAAGUCCGCGGAGGAUUUCCAGGAGAAGGUGUCCGAGUCUCUGCAGCUGUUUGAAGGGUGUCUUACGGAGUACACCAUGCGCUCCUGUGUAUACAACACUACGCUCAACAACGCCAUGCCAGUGAGUAGGCCUUCUCCUCUCCCCAUUGGGUUGGUUUCUAUGCUUUCACAGACUAACCAUAACGCUCUGAACUGUGUUUGUGGUGUAGCUGACUAACAGUGGUGGUUCUAUUGAACUGUGUUUGGGGUGUAGCUGACUAACAGUGGUGGUUCUAUUGAACUGUGUUUGGGGUGUAGCUGACUAACAGUGGUGGUUCUAUUGAACUGUGUUUGUGGUUUAACUGACUAACAGGGUGUGGGUUCUAUUGAACGUGUUUGUGGUUUAAACUGACUAACAGUGGUGGUUCUAUUGAACUGUGUUUGUGGUUUAACUGACUAACAGUGGUGGUUCUAUUGAACUGUGUUUGUGGUUUAGCUGACUAACAGUGGAGGUUCUAUUGAACUGUGUUUGGGGUGUAGCUGACUAACAGUGGUGGUUCUAUUGAACUGUGUUUGUGGUGUAGCUGACUAACAGUGGUGGUUCUAUUGAACUGUGUUUGGGGUGUAGCUGACUAACAGUGGUGGUUCUAUUGAACUGUGUUUGUGGUUGUAGCUGACUAACAGUGGUGGUUCUAUUGAACUGUGUUUGGGUGGUGUAGCUGACUAACAGUGGUGGUUCUAUUGAACUGUGUUUGUGGUGUAGCUGACUAACAGUGGUGGUUCUAUUGAACUGUGUUUGUGGUUUAACUGACUAACAGGGGUUUGGUUCUAUUGAACUGUGUUUGUGGUUUACUGACUACAGUGGUGGUUCUAUUGAACUGUGUUUGGGUGUAGCUGACUACAGUGGUGGUUCUAUUGAACUGUGUUGGGGUGUAGCUGACUAACAGUGGUGGUUCUAUUGAACUGUGUUUUGGUGUAGCUGACUAACAGUGGUGGUUCUAUUGAACUGUCUGGUGUAGCUGACUAACAGUUGCGGUUCUGAGUCAUUCUGGCCCAGUUCUACCUCAAGGCCCAUAGCCAAUCACAGCCCACAACAUCAGCCCAUAUCAAAGCCGUCCCGCAGUUCCUUGGUUGACUCAGCCAACUGUUUGGAAGAGAAAAAAUAGAUCUGGGUGGAAUUCCCCCUCUUUUCCCUCUCUCUCUCUUUCUGUAUCUCUCUUUCUGUCUCUCUCUUUCUGUACUCUCCUGCUUUCUCGUUGUAUCUCUCUGUCUCUCUCUAUCUCAUCUACUUCUCUAUCUAUCUCUCUCUCUCUCUCUCUCUCUCUCUCUCUCUCUCUCUCUCUCUCUCUCUCUCUCUCUCUCUCUCUCUCUCUCUCUCUCUUUCUCUCCUGAUAGCUUCCUAAGACUUUUAUCAAUGCAUGUGUUGCCUUUGUUAUUGUGUCUCUGUGCAGGUUGGCCUCUACAUAUUCUAUACUAAGCUGUCUAUUUUCUGUUCCUAGGUCAGGUUGCAGGUGGGCCUGUACAUAGUCUACAUACUAGACUGGUUGACAGUCUACAGUAGAGAGCAGAUUCUGGUCCUACGGCUUGAAGAUCACGCUUCCAACAGGAAAUACACAAUGCACAAAGUCUUUGACUUCCUCAACUUGGGUAUGAAAGUACUCAACUCUUGCCCUUAACAUUUCUUUCUUUCAAGUCAAUCAGUCUCUAUUGAAGCUGCUGAACACAGAGCUUUAAUCCUUAGCAAGCUCUUUGAAGUUUACUUAUGAGUGCAAUCACCUAAGAUCUACAUCAAUAUAUGGACACUUCCCCAUGCUAUUCCUACUAUAAGCAGAUGGUGGCAGCACAGCCCCACAGCCCUAUAACUCACCAACACUCCAACUAGUCUCACCAUCACCCAGGUAUCAGGGUGUAACAGAGGUUACUGUAAAGGAUACUGUAAAUGUUACUGUAAAUGUUACUGUAAAGCACUUUUUGAUUUAUUGAUCGUUUGACUGAUUGAUUAAUUGAUUGAUUGACUUACUGAUUGGUUGAUUAAUGUAUUGAUUGACUGAUUGGUUGAUUGACUGAUUUGGUUGAUUGAUUGACUAACUGAUUGACUGAUUGAUUGGUAUGUGGCUUACAGUAUGUGAAUGUGUGUAUUAAAGGACCGUUGACAGAGCAGAAGGAAGCAGAGAUCACUAAAAGUCCCGCCUCCAACACGCGGAGGCCAGCCGAUAAGAGCCUGGGGCCCAUGCUCCCCGUAACCAAGGAGAUACUGAGGGACUUCUACACUCCGUUCAACGAGAAACUGGCCAAGGUGCUCCGCAACGACACCUUCAGAUGGGACAACCAUUCAGAACUCAUG